GAGUUUUCUUCUAGAAGAGUCCAGGGGAGAGGUCAGGGGUGGAAUGUAAGGAAUCCAUUUCAGGGAGAGGGAUUCCAGUAAGAGGAGGAAAAGGGGCUGAGCCCAGCCUGGGGGUCUCUCCCUGGUUUCCUCAGACAGCCCCUGGGCCAGGACUCAGGGAGACGGUGUGACAAAGAGCUCUCGGUGCAGGGGGAGAGGGGUCAGGGCAAGUGGUUCUCAGGGUUCCAGGCACCGAGGGCGGAGUCUGGGGCGGUUUCUGCAGCUCAGUGUUGGGGAGUCCCCGUCUCCCUGAGAUUCACUGCUCCCUCUCACAACCUGUAUCAGCUCCUCCUGCCUGGAGACUCAUGACGGGGCCCCAGUUCUCACUCCCAUUGAGUGUCCGGUUUCUAGGGAAGCCCAUGAGCGUGUCUGCCGUUCCUGGUUAUAAAGUCUCCACCACCGUCCAGGGCUCCGAUUCUCCUCAGAUCCUAAGAAUAAGGGUCAUGGCAACCGGAACCCUCCUCCUGCUGCUCUUGGGGACCCUGACCCUGACGGAGACCUGGUCUGGCUCCCACUCCAUGAGGUAUUUCCACACCGCCGUGUCCCAGCCCGGCCGCGGGGAGCCCCGCUUCAUCGCCGUCGGCUACGCGGACGACACGCAGUUCGUGCGGUUCGACAGCGACGCCGCGAGUCCGAGAGCGGAGCCGCGGGCGCCGUGGAUGGAGCAGGAGGGGCCGGAGUAUUGGGAGCGGGAGACGCGGAUCUACAAGGAAGCCGCACAGACUUACCGAGUGAGACUGAACACCCUGCGCGGCUACUACAACCAGAGCGAGGCCGGGUCUCACACCUACCAGAGGAUGCAUGGCUGCGAAGUGGGGCCGGAUGGGCGUCUCCUCCGCGGGUACACUCAGUUCGCCUAUGACGGCGCCAAUUACAUCGCCCUGAACGAGGACCUGCGCUCCUGGACCGCGGUGGACGCGGCGGCUCAGAUCACCCGGCGCCAGUGGGAGGCGGCCGGUGAGGCAGAGCGCUGGAGGAACUACCUGGAGGGCACGUGCGUGGAGUGUCUCCUCAGACACCUGGAGAUCGGGAAGGAGACGCUGCAGCGCGCGGAUCCCCCAAAGACACAUGUGACCCACCACCCCAUCUCUGACCAUGAGGUCACCCUGAGGUGCUGGGCCCUUGGCUUCUACCCUGCGGAGAUCACCCUGACCUGGCAGCGUGACGGGCAGGACCUGACCCAGGACACAGAGCUUGUGGAGACCAGGCCUGCAGGGGACGGGAACUUCCAGAAGUGGGCGGCUGUGGUGGUGCCUUCUGGAGAGGAGCAGAGAUACACAUGCCGUGUGCAGCAUGAGGGGCUGGCUGAGCCCCUCACCCUGAGAUGGGAGCCGCCUCCUGAGUCCCCCAUCCUCACUGUGGGCGUCAUUGCUGGCCUGGUUCUCCUUGGAGCUGUGGUGGUUGGACUUGUGAUCUGGAGGAAGAAGCACUCAGAAACUGUUGUUGAUUCAUAGAAAUGCAACUGACUUCUGUAAAGAAAAGUCAAUCGCCCUUCUAUAUAGUGGCCUGAACAAAUGGAAUUUGAAAUUAACAAUGCAACAGUAUUUACAUUAGCAUCCUACCAAAUGAAAUACUUAUGUAUAAAUCUAACAAAAUAUAUAUAUGUAUAUGACCUAUAUGAGAAAAAUUACAAAACUCUGAUGAAAGAAAUCAAGAACUAAAUUCAUUGAGAGGUAUCCCAUGUUUAUGGAUAGGAACAUGUCAAUAUUCCCAGUCUGUCAAGGAAUCACUACUUUCCAAAUUGAUCAACAGAUUCAGUGAAAUCCCAAUCAAAAUCCCAGCAAAUUAUUUUGUCUCAACAAAAUGAUUCUAAAGAUUCUCUUGAGAGGCAAAAUACCCUAGUAGCCAACGCAGUAGUAAAUGAGAGGAACAAAUUUGGAGGACUGACACUACUCAACUUCAAGACUUAUUCUAAAGCUACAAUAAUCAAGACAGUGUGGUAUUGGUGAAAGAAUAGACAAAUAGAUCAAUGGAACAGAAUAGAGAGCCCAGCAUAGACCUGCAUAAAUAUAGUCUAUUGAUCUUUGACAGGUAUCAAAAGCAAUACAAUGGAGCAAAGACAGUCUUUUCAAUAAAUUGUGCUGGAACAGCUGGACAACAUACACACGGAAAAAAAUGAAUCUAGACACAGAUCUUACACCCAUCACAAAAAUCAACUCUGAAUCAUAAACCUAAAUGUAAAGUACAAAAUUAUAAAACUCCCAAAAGACAGGAGAAAAGCUAGAGGACUUUGGGUAUGGUGAUGGCUUAUUAGACACAACCCCAAGGGCAUGAUCCAUCAAAGAAGUAAUUGAUAAGCUGGAUUUCACUAAAAUUAAAAACUUCUGCUCUAUGAAAGACAAUGUCAAGAGAUUGAGAAGAGAAGCCACAGAAUGGGCAACAAUAUUUGCAAAAGAUACUUCUGAUGAAGAUCUUUUACCCAAAAUAUAAAGAGAAGUCUCAAAACUCAACAGUAAGAACAGAAACAACCUGAUUGAAAAGUGGGUCAAUGAUCUUAACAUGAUUCCUUAUCAAGGGAGAUUUGCAAAUGGUAAAUAGGCAUAUGAAAAGAUUCUCCACAUCGUAUGUUAUCAGGGAAAUACAUAUUAAAACAACAAUGAGGUACCGCUACACACCUGUUAGCAUGGCCAAAAUACAGAACACUGACCACACCAAGUGAUGGGGAUGAUGUGGAGCAGCAGGAACCCUCAUUCACUGCUGGUGGGAAUGCACAAUGGUGUAGCCACGUUGGAAGACAGUUGACGGUUUCUUACAAAACUGAACAUACUCUUACCAUACAGUCUAGUAGUCACACUCCUUAGAAUCUACCCAAAGGAGAGGAAAAUGUACGUCCGCGUAAAAACUUGCACGCAAAUGUUUAUAGCAGCUUAAUUCCUAAUUGCCCAAACUUGGAAGCAUCCGUGAUGUCUUUCAGUAGGUGAAAGGAUAAAUAAAGUGUGGCGCAUCCAGACAAUGGAAUAUUAUUCAACACUGAAAUAAAUUAGCUAUUAAGUCUUGAAAUGACACGGAGGAGCCUUAAAUGCAUGUUAGUAAGUGAAAGAAGCCAAUCUGAAAAGGCUACAUACACGACUCCAACUAUAUGACAUCUUACAAAAGGGAAAGCUGUGAAGACAGUAAAAAGAUGAAUGGUUGCCAAGGUUAAGCUAGGGUGUAAGGUUGAAUAGGUGGGGAUUUUUAGGGUAGUGAAAAUACUCUGUAUUAUAUCAUAAUGCUGGAUACAUGUCAUAUAUUUAUCCAAACCCAUAGAAUGUGCACCACCAAAGUAAACCGUAUUGUAAACUAUGGCCUUUGGGUGAAUAUGACAUGUCAAUGUUGGUUCAUCAGUUGUAACACUUGUACCACUCUGGUGAGGGAUGUUGAUAGUAGAAGAGGCUGUGUGCAUGCGGAGGCAGAGGGUAUAUGGGGAAUCUCUGUACCGUGCUUUUAAUUUUGCUGUGAACUUAAAACUGCUCUAAAAAACUUAAGUUUUAGUAAAACAAAAACAAAACAAAGCAAACAAACAGUUCAUCUAGGUUGUUGCAUGCAUUGAUAGUUCAUUCUUUUUGAUCACUGAAUAGUAUUCUAGUGUCUGUUGUACUGUGUUUGUUUAUCUUUCCACUCUUGAAGGAUAUCUUGUUUACAGUUUUUGGUGAUUAUGAAUAAAGCUGCUAUACACAUUGACCUGCAAUUCUGUGGAAAUAAGUUUUCCAUUCACUUAGGUAAAUAUGUGGGAGUGGGCUUGCUGGGCUGCAUGCUAAGUGUACAUUUAAGUUUAUAAGAAACUUGUUUGAUGUCUCAACAUUUGAUUUCUCUUAGUGAAUGCACCAUAAGCACUUUAAAAAUAUUUGUAUUCUGGGGGCCAGUUCAGUGGCAUAGUGGUUAGGUUCACACACUGUUAGUGCUUUAUUUCUUCUAAUCUUGUUUCAAACAAACUGUAGUUUUAUUUUUUCUGAAAAUAUCUUUUCUUUUUUUUCCCUGAAGAACACUUUAACUGAUGUAGAGUUCUGAGUUAACAGGUUGUUUUCUUAUGGUGCUUAAAAAAUGUCAUUUCAUUGUCUUCUGAACUCCAUUGUUUCUGAUGGAAAAUUAGAGACAUAUUCACUGGUCAGUCUGAUAACUGUUCCCUUGUAUGUAAUGUGUAAUUGUCCUCUGGUUGCUCUCAAGAUUUUCUGUUCAUCUUUGGUUUUGGUCAGUUUUACUAGGUGUGGUUUUAUUUAUAUAUAUACUGCUUGGGGUUCAACAAGUUUAUUGAAUCUAUAAAUUCAUGUCUUUUACCAAA